AUGGAAGCCCCCGGGGAGCCGGGCGCACGGCUCCUCGGAGCUCCCAGCCGCACUCCUGCGCACCUGGAGGAAGAAAAGUUAGCGAAGUUGGCGGGGCUGCAGCCCGGGCGCGCCGUGAGCCUUCGGGAGCGCCUGCUGCUCACCCGGCCCGUGUGGCUGCAGCUGCGGGCCAACGCGGCGGCCGCGCUGCACGCGCUGAGGACCGAGCCCCCCGGGACCUUCCUGGUGCGGAAAUCCAACACUCGCCAGUGCCAAGCCCUGUGCGUGCGGCUGCCCGAGGCCAGCGGCCCGUCCUUCGUCUCCAGCCACUACAUCCUGGAGCGGCCCGGGGGCGUCUCCUUGGAGGGCUCGGAGCUGGUGUUCCCGGACCUGGUCCACCUCAUCUGCGCCUACUGCCAUGCCCGGGACAUCCUGGUCCUCCCGCUCCAGCUCCCCAGAGCCAUCCUCCAGGCGGCCACCCACAAGGAGCUGGAGGCUAUCUCCCAUCUGGGCGUCGAGUUCUGGAGCUCCGCCCUCAACACCAAGGCUCCGCGGGGGUCCGGUGAAGGCCCGCUGCUCCCCUUGCUGAAGCCCUGGGCCUCUCAGGAGUUGGACCAGGGCCCCGGUGCCGCCCUCUGCUUCUUCAACCCCCUGUUUCCCGGGGAUCUGGGCCCCAUCAAGCGGGAGCGAUUCAAAAGGAGCUUCAAAGUGCGCGUGUCCACGGAGACCUCCAGCCCCCUGUCUCCGCCGGCCGUGCCACCUCCCCCGGUCCCCGAGCUGCCGGGCGCCGCCCCCACCCAGCCAGACAGGCUGCCCCCGCGCCAGCUGCUGCGGAGGGAGAGCUCGGUGGGCUACCGGGUGCCAGGGGGCGCCGGCCCCAGCCUCCCGCCGCUGCCCUCCCUCCAGGAGGUGGACUGCGGCUCCCCGAGCAGCUCGGAGGAGGAGGCGCCCGGCGCCCGCGGAAGCCCGGCCACCUCCCCCGACCUGGGCCGCCGGCGGCGGCCCCUGCUUCGCUCGAUGAGUGCCGUCUUCUGCUCGCUGCUGGCGCCCGAACGGCAGGUGGCCCGGGUGGCCGAGGCACUGAUUCGGGACCGCCACACGGCUGUGGGCCAGCUGGUGCAAGACCUGCUAACUCAGGUGCGGACCGGACCCAGGCCCCGGGAGCUGCAGGACGUCCGCCAGGCGCUGAGCCGGGCCCGGGCCAUGCUGAGUGCCGAGCUGGGCCCGGAGAAGCUCCUGCCGCCGGAGAGGCUGGAACACGUUCUAGAGAAGUCACUGCAUUGCUCGGUGCUCAAGCCUCUCCGGCCCCUCCUGGCUGCCCGCCUGCGGCGCCGGCUCUCGGCUGAUGGCUCGCUGGGCCGCCUGGCCGAGGGCCUCCGUCUGGCCCGGGCACAGGGCCCUGGAGCCUUUGGGGCCCAGCUGACUCUCCCCUCCGCGGUGGAGGUGGAGCAGGUGCGUCAGAAGCUGUUGCAGCUGCUCUGCACCUAUUCACCCAGCACCCAGAUCAAGCGCCUCCUGCAGGUCUGCAAGCUGCUCUACACGGCCCUGAGGACCCACGCAGGGGAGGGCGCGGGCGCCGACGAGUUCCUGCCGCUGCUGAGCCUGGUCCUGGCUCACUGUGACCUUCCAGACUUGCUGCUGGAGGCUGAGUACAUGUCGGAGCUGCUGGAGCCAGCACUGCUCCCCGGAGAGGGAGGCUACUACCUGACCAGUCUCUCCGCCAGCCUGGCCCUGCUGAGCAGCCUGGACCAGGCGCAUGCCCUGCCCCUCACCCCCUCCCAGGAGCUGCAGCGCUCCCUCAGCCUCUGGGAGCAGCGCCGCCUGCCAGCCACCCUCAACUUCCAGCACCUCCUCCGAGUAGCCUAUCAGGACCCCAGUAGUGGCUGCACCUCCAAGACCCUGGCUGUGCCCCCAGGGGCCUCCAUUGGUACCCUCAGCCAGCUCUGUGCCACCAAGUUCCGAGUGACCCAGCCUGACACUUUCGGCCUCUUCCUGUACAAGGAGCAGGGCUACCACCGCCUGCCCCCUGGAGUCCUGGUCCACAGCCUUCCCACAGCUGGUUACCUCGUCUAUCGCCGGGCAGAGCAACCUGAGACCCAGGGGUCCCCGCCUGGGACUGCAACAGAGGAGAAUAAGGCGGGGCCAGAGGCAGGAAGCAGGGAGGAGAAGGAGAGAGCCAUAGGAGAAGGAGAUGCUGGGGCCAAAGCCAGCCCCAGGGACAGGGGACAAGAGGCUGAGACAACCGUCGAGGGAAGGGAGGGUCAGGCCAGGGGAGGCCCUGUUGGGUCCGAAGGACCAGAGGCUGAGGGAAGCCAAGCGGCCGAGGAGUAA